UUCCGGGUCACGGGGUUAAAAAGCUGAAAUGUUUUGGUUUAGAAGUCUUCCCCAGUUUUAGCCAGUUCAUUUGGAACAAGGACUGUUAUUUAUGUCACUUAACCCUCGCUGGUGGCAGGAGAGAUGGAUGCUUCACACAGACACCGCUCCCUUUAUAAAGGAACAACUCCGCCAUGGAAAGACACGUACCGACAGCGCUGUGUGGACAGGCUAAAAAACAGCCGGUCGAGGCUGCUGGACAGAUAUCGCCAGACGGGAGAGAGCCCGCAGCGAGGCGGCUCUGGGGCCUCCAUCAUCGUCCAGGAGGUGAUGGAGGAGGAGUGGACCGCCCUGCAGUCCGAGGGCCGCAGACUGCCUUCGCUGUGGGGGCCAGAGGGCAUGGCAGAGAUGUUCAGUGUCAUGAAGGAGUAUGAUGAGCUGGCAGUACUGGAAGAAAUCCAACAGGAGCUUGUGUCUCAUGAAAUGUCUAUUAUUGAAGAGUAUGAGAGGAACCUGCAGUUUGAGCAGCAGUACAUAUCGUCUGUUGUGGAGGGGAUGGAGGACGCAUAUAUUAUUUGCCCCAUAUGUCACAUGAACAAUUUGAACAUCAACAGCCAUUUCAUCUCCUGCCCCUGUGGACUGUACAUUAACACAAAGAACCAGAACAUCACCCCCGAUGUCCUGCAGAGUCUCCUGGAGUCGAGGGUGUCGGAGCACAUGGAGGACUGUCCCCAUAACCCCGUUUUCUCUGUAUCGCCCAACACAGACUGCUCUCCCAACCUGAUGAUAAGCUGCAAGGUUUGUGACUACCUUUCCAUUGUCCUUUGAAAGCAGAAGAGGCUGUUAUGAGUGACUUAACUUGUUACAUUUGAUUUUUAUUGUUUUGUUCUCU